AACUGGUCUCAUGCGUUCGCAUUCUUCCCCCCGUCCAGUCGGGUUCGAAGCUCUCCUCCCUUCCACAACCUCUCUUACGCUCUAUCCAUCCUCCUUCUCCUCCUCCUCCUCCUCCUCCUCCAUAGUCCUCCCUCGAAAGGAGAAACUAGGGUUUUUGUUCCUUAUCUCUUUUGGUCAGUAUGGGGGGAGGCAACGGUCAGAAAGCCAAGAUGGCUAGAGAGAAGAACAUGGAGAAGAUGAAAGCCUCCAAGGGUAGCCAACUGGAAUCCAACAAAAAAGCGAUGUCGAUCCAGUGCAAGGUAUGCAUGCAGACUUUCAUCUGCACCACGUCCGAGGUGAAGUGCAGGGAACAUGCAGAAGCGAAGCAUCCCAAGUCUGAUGUAUACGCAUGCUUCGCACAUCUCAAGAAAUGAGACAGUUUGUGGAGGUUGGGAAGAGAAAAUGUAGAGUUAUGUUAGAUUGUCCUAGUUUGAUUCCUUAGGGAUCCUCCCUUAAAACUUGUGUGUUGCCUACUGAAGACAUGAUUGUGAAAUAUGUUAUUCACCAUGGAUUGCCACUCUUAUCUUUAUGAUCUCUCUGAAAACAGUAUAGUGCUCUCUCUAUAAAUUUAAUGAAAUGAAAGUUGCUUUAGUGUUUAGAUGGAA